GUAUCCUACGAGGCGGACUGGCGAAGCGAAGCUUUUACUUUUAGAGACGAAGGGGAGAAACCCUCAAGAAAAGACAGGAAGAGAGAAGAAAGUCGCCGGAGAUCCGGUUCGCUUCGUCGCAUUCCCCCUCCCCCUCCCCCCCCUCGGGGUCGAGCUGGGUUGCGGUCGGGUUCCCUCCGAUACGUAACUCCGUCGCCCCCGGCGUUCAAAACCCGCUGAUCGCGCAGUCUCGGCCGAGUUGGAACCUGUGGCAUCCGAUACUUACUUAGGGGGAGGACGGGGGGAAGAGCAAUGACAGACAUGCUGAUGUCCGUUGCGUUCCCCCCCUUCCCAUUACCCAUCACGUAUCUCAGGAGUCUCCAAGGCGAAAUGAGGGAGCAUUCCUCGCGGAGGACGAACUCCCCUCCCCCAAAGCACUGAAUUCCCUAGUCAAACCAUCAAACCCCCCAUCAACGUCCGUCAGCAUUCCUCACGGACCCAUCAGGGCCAUCCAUCACCCUCACAGCCCUUGCAACACUCGGACUUCCAGGGCCCUUCCCCCACGCUCACCUUCCAUGAGGCACUCACUCGCUCGAAGUGUCCGCGUCUUACCGCGUCCGGUCCGCCACUCGCCCUCGCCCGGGCGUCGGCUGGAUAGCCCGUCCCCGGAGCGCCGCUCUCCUUCCCCUUGCGGCCUCCUCCGAGGCAUUUCCGUAAGAUUUGAGCAUCCAGAAGGGAUGUGGUUUUUUAUGCAGACAGCACGGUAUGGUACAGACUUGGAGCAGGUAACGCAUACAAUUUGGAGGCCGCUGAUACAGAUGAGCGAUGUCUUGUGUUCACUCCUUCUCUGCGGAGAGAGCCCUUAGGAAUCCGGGAGGCUGGGAGAUGGGACAAACACACACACACACACAGCUCACUCUCCCUUCCAGUCUCGGCAUGCACCUCAGCCGCCUCCGCGCGCCCGAUGCGGCGUCCCUCGCAUCGUCCCGCGCCUUGGCUCGCAAUGAUAGGUCCAACCUCCUCUCCUCCUCCUCAGAAAAGGGCUCUCUCGCACCACGCGGUGCUCGCGCAUCCAACGCGUCAACCGCCCAGAAGAGGGGGGGGGGACAUGCGUCGAGACGACACGGCGGUGAGAGCGCCGGUGUCUCUACCGAUCUGACGUCAAAAGUACGUUUUCACGGAGGAGCAGUUGGGCCGAAACGAAACGAACGAAUGAAGGCACGCAGGAUUCCCCAAAGAUCAUUAUCCAUUUCGUCUCAAAACGAUUGUCCUGUCUUCUUCUGAUUCACUCGUGGCCAUGUUCUUCACACUCUCUUCUCACUCUUCUGAUUCCAUUUCAAAUCACCUCUCUUCAUGGAUCUCUUUCUCUCUCUCUCUCUCUUACUCUCUCGCGCGCGCUCAACGUCCCGGAACCCCAAACAAGGCCCGGUCGCCGAUAGAUACAUAAAAUGUCCGACGUCCUCGUCGGAAUGUCGUUUCGUCAUGCCCAUCGUCAUAGUUCUCGUAACC